AUGUACAAAACACUUUGUACGGAUCAAGCGAGUGAUGUUCAAAAAGUCAAGGAAGAAAACGCAAAAUACAAAGAAAAGCUAGAAAAACGAGCGAAGAGAAGAAAUGUUAAAGAAGCGCCAUUCGAUGCUUUUGCUGACCAUUUUGCCAUGACUGAUAAGUUGGAGGAGCAAAUUGAGAUGUACAAGGAACGACUGGCGGAGAAGGAAACCGAGUUUGAAGAAUUAAAUCAGAGGAAAAGAAAAAUAGAAGAGGAUAAUUCGAAAUUACUUAAGCGCCAUUCUGAGCUGCGAAAAACUGCAUUGCGCGAGUUUAAGUUCGUUAGAAGCCAACUUGCCGAGGCCAAGUCAGAAGUUGACGUUCUCCGUCUGCAGUGCCAGACGAAAAAAGAAAGGAUGAAUAUGUACCAUUCAAUCUACCUCAAACGGUACAGAUACCACAAACAAGUGAAUGAAAGCGAGGCGGAAAAGCAUAAUCGAAUGAGGUUGGAAAAAGAAGCUGCGGAGCGAAGAUACUCGAGCGAGCAAAACGGAUUGAUAAGAGGAGACCAGUGGGAUGAAAGACAGUACUUUCGGGUUUUCUUUGGCAAGGAUCAUGCUGAAACGCAGACGGAAAGAAUCAAAGUCCGGUCGGCUGGAGUAGCAACAACGGAUGAGAACUGGAAAAGACUAGAAAAUGAUUUUGAAAGGCUUCAAAUCCAAAAGGCGAAGGAAUACUACGAUAAAAAUAUGAAAAGUGUGAAACCAGAUGAUCUUCGAAAAGUUUUCACAGACGAAAAGAAAGUUCAAACGCUUGAUCUUCUAUCGCCAGAGAGACGCUCUUUUGCAACACAAGCUGAUAUUCCAGUAUCUUUCUCUCCUAUUCAGGUAUCAACGGUACAAGAUAUCAUGAAGAAGAUAUCCGAAAAGUACAAAAUACAUAUCGUGAGAAACGACGAAGUCAGCGAUGCAAAGGUUACCACUCUUUUGACAAGGAAUGCUUCAUCAUCCACAGCUGAAGAUCAAACUUCUGGGUCUAAAUUGUCAAAUGCUUCUGAACAUAUACCAAAGAAAGCUGAUUUUGUGGAAAGAGAGAUUUCCUGUGUCGAAACAGAACAGCGCUCCAAGUUGAAUCGAGAAUUCAAAAGGAUUGAACUAAGAAAACGAUUGUCAUCGACAAAAUCAGACAGUGAUUCAUUUUCACCAAAUCGUGGAUCGCCGAAAAAACGACCGAAACUUACAGUCACCUCAUCUCCUUUGAGAUUGACACGUCAGGCGAAACAGAAUGCGAAACAAUUUCUUGGAAUGCGUGGCAAGACAGAAAAAGACACCGUUAAUACGUUGCCAUCCUUCGACCCAGUUACGUUGGAAUUCUCGGAGCACUUGGUGCGCAUCGAAGAAUCUCAAGAAAGACUUACACCACGUCGCUUUGAAAAAUUUGCAACGGACUUGACUUUUGGAGAAACACGUGAUGAGUCGACAGAAUUGACUGAAGGGGCCUUGGCGAAUGAAAUUCUGAUACAACUGAACUCAGCGGAACCUCAAUCAUCUGACAAGUCAGAAUCUGAGCGAGAUUGGACGAGUGCUGAAAGCUCUAUUGAAAGCUGCACGGAAAGUGGAGAUAUCGACACCUCUGAGAAAGAGGACGGCGAGCUUGAUGACACAAUUGAAGAAAGUGAAGUUGAAGCAUCGAUUUUGGAAGAAGGUGAGAUUGAAAAUUCAAUUGAAGAACCAGUUCCAGAGGAAGGGAAAUACUCUGGGCACAUUCAAGAAUCACAGAAGAAAGUUCAAGAAAGCAAGGAUGAAGAAGAAGAUAAGGAAAAGGCUGCAUCAACUAAACAAUGGGUAUCAGGAGAACUUGAUCAAGGCGCAAGUCGACCUUCUGAUAAAGCACAGUUUGGGGAUUUAUCUGUAGAAUCUAAAACCGUAUCAUCUGAUGAGCAAAAUUGUUUAGAUGACCGAAAUUCAUCAACCGUAUUCUCUCAAUCGGCAUGUGUACUUCCUGAUACCAGUUUCAAUGCUGAGGAUAAAGAAAACCAAAAAAGUUUACAGAGUCAUAUUUCUGCAGAUCCUCUUUCGGGGCUGACACUUUCAUCCGAAAGCUCAAGUGCGACAAGUGCUGAAGUCAUCGAUACAUCUUCAAAAACGUCUUCUGGAUCGCAAGAAUACUCAGUCAGUCAAUCUUCAAUCACAUCUCUCGACGCGGCAUGUUCUCUUUUUGGUAAAAAUCUUUCACUGAUCCCAGAAUUUCAAGAGGAUUUGGAAAUUGAAGAAAUUCCAAUGGAUUUGAAUGAUUCCAAAACAUCUGUAUCAGCAGAACCUGCCUUACAAAUCGAUGAUUCUUCCCAGAAAAGUGAAGCGCAAAUUUCAAUCGAAGAAAUAGCCUCGACCGAUGGCUCAAGAAAACGAGCCAGCACUCCUGUUCAUGACGAUACGCUUUCCUCAGUCGCGUCGAUUGAAAAUAAAGAUGUUAGCAUGGACGAAAGUCAAGACAAAUCUGACUUGUCCUUGAGCUCUAACUCGUAUUCUUAUCAAGAAGUUCCAGAACACUCAACGUCGCUCAGCACUUCUAAUUCCUCAGAAGGAAGUAGACUGGAAGAAACUGUAAUUGAAAGCACUGCGACCGAACAAAGCACUGUCGAUCAAAGUACAGAGCUUUUCGCUGAAAUUGAUUCUGCAUCAACUUCUCGGAGACCAAUUGUUAUCGACUGUCGCGCCGCCACUGAGUUUGAUUAUACAGUUGAAUUAACGAAUGAUUCCUGCAGUAUUAGCUCCUUCUCAAAAGACCGAUCCAACGAGAAUAUUGAGCAAUCAUCGUCGAGUGUCUCUGAGGGGAAGUCGCAGGCAUCUUCGAAAGCCGUUAAAUCUCCUGCCUCUAUUUCCAGAAAUCUGACUGUCAAUCAAACGACGCCAGACAACUCUUUUGAGCUUGGGAAACCAACUGGCAGUGCAAAGAGAAAGUCAACGACUCCGCAAAAGCUGGAUAUUUCCGAGCUACCAUCAGCAAAAAGGAAGAAAGCCGCGGAAAAUCGACGGUUGCGCAGAUCAAAACGAGGAUCAAAGAAUCGAAAGCCAUCGUCAGAAACAGACGAUGAUCAUAAGUCAGUCAAAGAAAAGCCGAAGCGAUUGAGCCCAAGACAAGCAAGAAGGGAGAAGCAAAUUCAAGCCAAGCCGAACCUGGAAAACACCCCUCCAAAUAAAGUCAGAGCGGUGAAACAGUUACAGCUAGAGCCGUCCUCAAACUCAAACUCGCCUCUUUUUAUUCCAAAGAGUUCCAACAUUGACAAACAAAGAGUUCCUCUCACGACUCUUACCAGACUUCCAUGCACAACUUCUGAGGAAAAAAUCACAUCAGAAGAUGACGGCAUAACUUACUGUCGAAGUGACCAGCUCUUCCAAAAUACGGCUUCACGAAGAAUACCAUCUGUGAGAAGAGCAAGCGAAGCUUCAGUAGCGGGCCCUGGUGGAAGUGAAGGCUUUGAUCCGACGACUGACGAUGAUGCCGCACGCAGUGGAUUCAGUCCGAUUCGCGAAAAAAUCCGACAAGUUGGGUUCCAAGAAACAAUGAAAGAUCUCGGACUCGAUUUGUCCAUGAACACGAGUUACACCACUUCUGGAUCGCAAACCCGAAGCAACAAAGAAAAGCAAACUCCGACAACGCCAAAAACAGGGCCAAAGGAGCAGUACUUCCGAGACCUCGGACUGGACCUAUCUGCGUCUCGGGAGCCGCUCUCGACUGGCGGGACUGUUGCUCAAACCAACUGUACGCAAGACACAGCUGAGAAGCUUCAAGCCAGGCGCAAUUUGAAUUCGGAAAAUGGAUUCGGCCCCAGCAUUAACCAAAUUGAAAAACAAUUGAAAGAUCAGGAGGAAGUAUCCGAUGCCGCGGAAAUGAUCCUCUUCCUAAUGGAAAAAAGCAAGUCCUUUACAAGCGCGAUGCUGGAGCCAAACACAGAUCUGCUGCGAAACCUACCAACUUACCUAGAAAACGUCUGCGCUUCGACAGAGAAACUUGUCCCAGACCUCGUUCCCGCUUUCGCCCCAGUGAUUAACUGUCCUUCUCCCGCUGGAAGCUCUCCUCCGGGCUAUUCAUCAGUCGAUGAAGAUUCUCUCUCUGAGUAUCCAGUUCAAUCUUAA